AUGACCACCCCAGAUAUCUCUGUGUGGGCCCAAGCGGUAGAUUUAUACAACAAGACUCUAACAAAAGACCCCAAUAAACGGAUCGAUGUGAAUACAGGGUGGGGCCCUGGUAUUCACUCACUUUCAAGUGUUGACCAGCUCAUCGACUUUGCUUGUGAGACGAAAAAAUGUGCUGAAGAGAAAAAGUGGAAAUUCUCAAGCCGAGUAGAUGAGAUACUGCUCUGGUUCAAUCGAAAUGCGACCGUGGUGGAUGUAAUGAUCCAACACCAGCCACACAUAACAGCCCUAGUUUGGGGUGGCAUCCGAAGCUUGCUUGCCGUUGCGAUUAGAGAGAUCGAGGUUUCAGAUAAAAUAGGAUCAAGCCUCCUUGACCUACUGAAGCAUAUAGGACGCUGGGAAACCUAUCUCCAGCUGUGGCCCGCUACACCGCGUCUUUCAGCGGCUUUAGUUGAGCUUUUGGCACAAAUAAUCAACUUUCUUGUUCGAGCAAGCACAUACCAUCAGACACCUCCACACAAGCGAUAUGUGAAAGCUUCCUUUACAUUUUUCAAUGAAAAAGUUGAGAAUAUCUUAGCUAGCAUUACACGCUUAGCUGACAACGCGGAAAAGGAAGCUCUGCUGGCUUCACAAGUUGAGCAGCGAAAGCAGUUCACUCGCGCUUCCGCAGACUCCAAAACGCAAGCGCUAAUCAGUGAAGGCCAAAUGCACAUGCUACGGAACAUCAAUCUCAAGUGUGAAAGCCUCGCCGCAAUGUCAAGGAAAAGCCAAAACAACCAGGAAUCCGCAUUGGUGGCGUUGGCGUCAUGCCUACGAGAUGCUCAAGUCCACGAGAUUCAGAAUCGACAGCAAGCUGCAAUAAGAUGGAUUCGACAGGGUCUCUCGGCAACUGUGAAUAUUCCUCAUUGGGAAAAGGAUACAUGUGAAUGGAUCACUACUCACAAAGCUUUCCUGGCUUGGAAAGCCGAUGGUUAUCAAACUCCACUAUGGAUCCAUGGCAUACCUGGUUGUGGCAAAAGCGUGCUGGCCAGCUACCUGACGCAUAAUGGCUUCAACACUACCGACACGCCAGGGGGCGUCUUCGCCUACUUUUUCCAGAAGUCUCAGGAUACUUCCACGCCAUCCGCCAUGGUCUGCUCUGUUGUUGCGGAAAUCAUGACUUCUUCUACUUUGAAUCAAUCGGAAGGGUUCUUUGACGCCAUAUCUAGCAUCGAAGUCUUGAUGGAUCGACACAGUAAAGGAACUGAUUGUCCCCUGGAUAUGACUUGGCGAAUACUGGAGUCUUUGAUGGCUAAAAGCCCGGGAUUUGCUAUAAUUGUGGAUGGAAUUGACGAGUGCGCCGAGAAAGAGGAUGUGAAGAAGCUGCUACAGCAUCUUGGCAAGAUGGCCCAAACAACCAAUGCUCGGAUAAUCGUCUGUUCCCGAUACUUCAAACACAUUCAUCAAUCACUAGGCAAUAUUACGCGCCUAUUGAUUGAGGCUGAUCAAAUUGGUGCUGAUAUUCAAGCCUUCGUUAGAGCUGAAAUCGACCGAACAACGCGGCUAGCUAAGAUCAAAGAGAGAUUGUUGACCAAGUGCAACAAACAAUCCCACGGCAUGUUUCUGUGGGCACGGCUUAUGUUAGAUGCCGUAAAGGCGGCACCAGAUGUCAAGACCCAGCUGGAGAUUAUGGAAAGCUUUCCACCAGGACUAGACGCCGUUUAUGCUCAAUUCAUCAACAAGACAGGUCGUGGGCUCGAUAGUGCCCAUCUUAGCAUUCGCCGUCAAUUUUUUACCCUGAUUAUAGGGAGCUUUCAAUUCCUGACCAUCAAUGACAUUGGUACAGCCAUGAGUUUAGAUGUUCGUCGUCUAUGCAAAGAUGAGAACCGUGAGCUUUUUGACGUUGAGACCAAACUGUGCGACCUUUGCAGCCCUCUUGUGGUCACCACAGACGGGACUGCUCGGUUAAUUCACGCCUCAGUUAAGGAUUACUUGACUGGGUUCGAAAAUCCAACUUCUUUAUCCAUCAGUUUAGAUGCUACCACCACGAAUCAGUUCAUGGUCACUCGCUGUUUGUGUAUGCUCAUGCUACCUGAAUUUAACAGCCGUUCUCUCAUUGCUGAUUUACUCCGACGAAGUAUGUAUAAGUACAGCGAGGUUGAGGAAUCUGCUGUUGCCAUGGAAAGCCCAUCUACAUUGCCGAGCUUCUACAAGUAUGCGGCUCUCAAUUGGCAUUCACAUCUGGUUGCACUACCCCAGGCUCCCCUGCAUACCCUGAAGCUUGUGGCCAAGUUUUUCAAGAGUCCCCAGCUCGUUACAUGGGCCGAAAGCCUCUUCUUACUUCGUGGAGGACUUCACGGUGCUCCGGCUAUGGAAGUCGGUAGCUACUUGAAGUCCUGGCUUACUCUCCAGCCACCUUCAUCGCGAGAAAUUGUCCCGAUGAAAGAUUAUGUCGAAUCAGCAUACGGGCAGCUGCUCGAAGAUAGCCAAAUGACAAAAGGCUUCCCUUUAGCGAGUGCAUUUAUUCGGUCCAGGUUGGCGGAAUAUCAUGCCUGGACAGCAAACAUAACCGACAGCGCUUUCGAUCUGUUAGUGACGGCGGCGAAAGGCCUUGAAGAUCACCUGGGUCCACAUCAGUUGACAUUAAUGGCCUUGGAUGCGCUGGCAACAGGUAAGGUGUUGAAUAACAUUUUUGAAUCACUGCACAGAACGGCAUCGCUGAUUUUGCUUCUUCAAGGUACCCUAGUUCGAGGACUCCACGAGCAAGCAGCCCAGUCACACGCAGAGGUCCGGCGACAAAGAAUUCAGAUUCUGGGUCCAACGCAUCGAGAGGUUUACAUGAGCAUGAGCUACGAGUGUCUGAGCAACUUCCACACCCUGAAUUUUCGUGAAGCGCAAAGGCUCGGGGAAGAAGCGUCUAGGGGCCUGCUAGCCACAGGCGUCCCAACAACAAGGCUCUUCCUACACAACCAACUAUAUCUUGGAUACGCACUAGAGGGACAACACAAGAUUAAAGAAGCGCAAAGUCUUUACGAGAAUGCCUAUGCAACAUGGAUGGAUCUCAAUGGCCCGGACGACCCUUCUACACUGAUGACCCAGAGCGCCAUGGCAUCAACAUACAGAAAGCUUGGCAAACUAACGGAGGCAGAGCGUCAUUAUAUUAUUUGUUUUGCGGGCCGUCAGCGCGCUAUGAGCCUAGACAACUAUCUAUGUAUUGAUCUCGCAAUCAGCCUGGCUUAUGUAUACUGUGAGCUCCAUCGAAAUGAAGAAGCGGCAGCAUUACUGGAGAUCUGUCUUCCACUCCCGACCCUCAAGAAGCCGGCUCACUUUGAGCGUGUAUGUCAAAUAAGACAUCUUCAAGCCUUGAUGCUCUACGACGAAGAUCCGGCGGCGGCCGAAGAUUUGCUGCAUGACUUGAUAAACGCCUCCAGGCAUAACCGGCCGCCUGUGAAUCGGGAGUUGGCCUGGGUUCGAGUUACACUAGCAAAUUGGUUGAGAAAUCGUGGCAAGCUCAAGGAGGCCCUUCUGCUUUUCCAAGAUCUUGUUAUGCCAAUUUAUCCUUCGCAUAGUGCCCCUUUGACAGACGAGCAAUGCAAUAUUGCAGAGGAGGGGGUUAGGCUUGUUAAGGCCGGACUUGCAAUCGAAGCAAGGCGCUUGCUUGGGAGCCAUAAUCUGCAGUGGGCGAGGGACUACUACUUUGAUAUCAUCCAUGGGGCUCCGCUCACGGAUACAGCCUGGGAAAGGGGGUACCUCUAA